AUGCCAAGAAGGCUGGCUGGCUCCCCACUCCUUUCUGUCCAUCCUUUCUCCAAGGAUGAAAAAUGCCGCAAUUACCUGGAGCCACAGUAUUGUCAGCUGCUGAAUGGCAGGACUGAAGUGGCUAAGCUCAGAGCACCGUUGCCAAAGGCUUUCUGCAGGCAAGGGGAGCGGGUCACUCCGAGCCACACGUUACGGGAAUUUACAACCAUCACGCUGCUCACCGGCACAUCGCCGGGAGCUGAGAUCAAUGGUAAAUGGAUCAGGCCCCAGAGAUCAUUUACUCACCUGCCUGUAAAAGUAAUCCCAUCACAUGCGUUUGAAGGACUUAGAGACGCCUUUAUCAUUGAAAUCUCUCAGAGCGACUCCCUGGAGAGAAUAGAAGCGAGCGCAUUUGACAGCCUUCCCACUCUGUCUGAAAUAUUAAUCCUGAACACAAAAAAUCUGUUGCACAUCGAGGACGGAGCGUUCAGAAACCUUCCAAGGCUAAAGUACUUGAGCAUUUGUAACACUGGAAUAAGACAAUUUCCAGAUCUGACACAGAUCUUCUCAUUAGAAGCUCAUUUUAUUUUGGAGCUCUGCGAUAACUUGCGUAUGACAACUAUACCACAAAAUGCUUUCCAGGGGAUGAACAAUGAAUCGCUGACACUCAAAUUAUAUAAAAAUGGAUUUGAAGAUAUCCACAGCCACGCCUUCAAUGGGACAAAGCUGAAUCAAUUAAUCCUGAAGGACAAUAAGAACCUCAGGUGGAUACACAACGACGCCCUGAGAGGGGCCACAGGGCCAGACGUCCUGGAUAUUUCUUCAACGGCACUGGAGUCCCUGCCUACUUACGGGCUCGAGGCCAUUCAAGUCUUAAAUGCAACGUCAUCUUACUCGUUAAAGAGACUGCCACCGCUGGAUAAAUUCAGCAGUCUUCUGGAAGCUGUUCUAACAUAUCCCAGCCACUGCUGUGCUUUUCGAAAUCUAAGGACAGAAAAACAAAAUUCUUUGCUUUCUAUUUUUGACAACUUCUCCAAAGAGUGUGAAAGCACCAUGAGGAAACCAACUAAUGAAAUACUUUACAGAGAUGACUCUUACAACACAUCACUGUGGUCAGCAGAAAAGAACAUGUACCCGUUUGCAACAGAUGAAGAAACCUCCCCUUACAGCUACUCAGCCAUUUUCGAUGACAGCGAAAUGACCGGCUUCGACUUUGAGUAUGACUUUUGUCAGCCUAAAAUACUCACGUGCACUCCAGAACCAGAUGCAUUUAAUCCCUGCGAAGACAUCCUGGGAUACAGCUUUCUCAGAGUCCUAAUCUGGUUUAUAAACAUCCUUGCCAUUGCUGGCAAUUUCACUGUACUCCUCGUUCUCAUAACGAGCCAUUACAAGCUCACUGUUCCUCGCUUCCUCAUGUGCAACCUCUCCUUUGCUGAUUUUUGCAUGGGACUUUAUCUGCUGCUCAUUGCUUCUGUUGACGCCCAGACAAGCGGUCAGUACUACAACCACGCAAUAGACUGGCAAACAGGCAGCGGCUGCAGUACUGCCGGCUUUUUCACUGUGUUUGCAAGCGAGCUCUCAGUGUACACGCUAACGGUGAUCACGAUAGAAAGGUGGCAUACAAUCACCUACGCCAUGCAGCUGGAUCGAAAGCUACGACUGAGGCAUGCUGUGCCGAUCAUGCUUGGUGGCUGGGUGUUCUCUGUUUUAAUAGCAGUGCUGCCUCUCUUAGGGGUCAGCAGUUACAUGAAGGUCAGCAUUUGUUUACCCAUGGAUAUUGAAACGGGUCUUUCCCAAGCCUACAUACUGCUGAUCUUAGUGCUAAAUGUUGUCGCCUUCAUUGUCAUCUGUGCUUGCUACAUUAAGAUUUACAUAGCUGUUCAGAAUCCAGAGCUGGUAGCUGCCAAUAAAGAUACCAAGGUUGCAAAGAGAAUGGCGAUACUGAUCUUCACGGAUUUUACCUGCAUGGCCCCCAUCUCCUUUUUUGCCAUAUCCGCUGCCUUUAAAGUACCUCUCAUCACAGUGACAAACUCCAAGAUUUUGCUGGUUUUAUUUUACCCCGUCAACUCCUGUGCAAACCCAUUUCUCUACGCAAUUUUCACCAAAGCAUUUCGAAGGGAUUUCUUUCUGCUGAUGAGCAAGCUUGGCUGCUGUAAGAGCCAAGCAGAGCUUUACAGGAUGAACUAUUUCUCUGCUUAUACCUCCAACUCCAAGAACGGCAGCUCAGCCACAGGCCCCAGCAAAGCCUCACAAGCACUGUUGCUCUUGUCGGCGUUAGAGAAGCCGUAUCCUGCAGUACGAGACAAGAUGUCUUACAACGAAAAUUAAACCAGAGCGCCAACAGAUGCGGCACUUUGCAAGGCCAGCUGUAAUUAUUCUAGUGACUAGGAAUUAUUUUAUAGUAUCUUGAACAUUUCACAAUAAAUAAA